AUGUCCUUGUCCCGGCCAUAUAUGCCUCUUAGGAGGUCACUCUGCCACUUCUCAUCGCAGAGCAGACGCGCACCUUGUAACUUCAAGAAUAUAUUUCGCAGGUAUUCAGCGGAGCAGCGAACCCGUGAACCGAAACCAUUUACCGUGUGGAGGCCAUACCUACGACUCGCCAUUGGCGUCCCAUUCAUCGGAGCUCUGAUAUAUUCCAUGAUGACAGGGGAAGUAACUGAACUCGACUCUCCCUCGAUUGUGGAGCUCGACGAAGCGUUGAAGAAACAAGCAACGAUUAGCGAAAACUCUCCGAUGCAUGAGUUAAGCCGGAUUGAUGGUACUCAGUUCAAAACGGAUACCUGGGCACGUCCCAAUGGAGGUGGCGGCAUAUCCUGUGUCCUCCAAGAUGGCAAUGUUUUCGAGAAAGCAGGUGUCAACGUAUCGGUUGUCUAUGGUGAAUUGCCCCGGGCUGCUAUUGAGAAAAUGAGGGCAGAUCACAAAUCAUUUGUCGGCGCAGACGUGGAAUCUUUGGAAUUUUUCGCUGCUGGCCUAUCGCUGGUUCUGCACCCCCAUAAUCCCAUGGCACCAACUGUCCAUCUGAACUACCGCUACUUCGAGACGUCAGACCCUAAGGAUCCUAUCAAUGGAGAUAAGAAUUGGUGGUUUGGCGGUGGCACAGACUUAACCCCUUCCUACCUGUUCCCCGAGGACGUCAAGCAUUUUCACCAGACCAUCAAAGACGCCUGCGAUAGGCAUGACGCAACAUAUUACCCUCGAUUCAAGGCCUGGUGCGAUAAAUAUUUCUAUCUUCCACAUCGCCGAGAGUCUCGUGGUGUUGGUGGUAUCUUUUUUGAUGAUCUGGACGCCAGUUUCCUAGAGUCGUCAGCCACGUCAUCACAGAAUUCUCAGGAAACUCUGUUCUCGUUCGUCUCCGAUAGUCUUGCUUCCUUCCUCCCGUCCUAUGUUCCUAUCAUUGAACGCCGAAAGGAUAUGCCAUUCACACCUGCUCAGAAAGAAUGGCAGCAGCUUCGACGUGGGCGCUAUGUGGAAUUCAACCUGGUUUAUGACCGUGGUACCAGCUUUGGCCUGCGCACCCCCAACGCUCGUAUCGAAAGUAUAUUGAUGAGUCUCCCUCGCACCGCAAGCUGGGCCUAUAUGGACCCGGUGUCAGGAACCCGCACCGAGGCUUCUGCGGAGGAAGAGAACCUAGGCGAGGACAAGGAGCGUGAAAAGGAAUUAAUGGAUGUUCUCAGACACCCCAGGCAAUGGGUGUAA